AUGGGCAUUAAAGAAAUUCGCACCGCGUUGAAAGUUGACCUUAACAAGCAUGCUCGCGAGCAACCCGGUCUACAUAACCGAUGGCAUCCUGACAUUCCGGCAUGCGGCAAGAUUGCCAACAAUGAAGUCGUCAAAAUCGAGUGUCUAGACUGGACAGGCGGACAGAUCAAAAACGACGACUCGGCCGAGGACGUUCGAACGGUUGAUCUGACCGAAAUUCACUACUUAUCUGGACCUUUCGACAUUGACACGGCUGAGCCGGGGGAUGUUCUGCUUGUUGAGAUUCAGGAUGUUCAGCCAUUCCAGGACCAGCCAUGGGGGUUUACUGGAGUCUUUGCUAAAGAAAAUGGAGGAGGCUUCUUGGACGAGAUUUAUCCCAAAGCUGCAAAGGCAAUUUGGGACUUUGAAGGCAUUUUCUGUUCCAGUCGGCAUAUUCCUGGCGUCCGCUUCGCCGGGUUGAUUCAUCCUGGAAUCUUAGGAUGUGCGCCAUCAGCCGAGGUUUUGGCUGAAUGGAAUAAGCGUGAGGGGGAGCUCAUCGCAGCUAAUACCGUUGCUGGCCGAAUCGUUGCACAGCCACCUCAACCUGUGAAUGCGCAUGCAGGAAGUGCGACAGAAGAUAUCAAGGAAAAGGUGGCUAAGGAGGGUGCCAGAACCAUUCCCGGCCGUCCUGAGCACGGCGGUAACUGCGACAUCAAGAACCUCUCCCGUGGCUCAAAGGUUUAUCUACCAGUUCACGUCCCAGGCGCCAAAUUCUCCGUCGGAGAUUUGCACUUUUCCCAGGGCGAUGGAGAGAUUUCCUUCUGCGGCGCUAUCGAGAUGGCCGGUGUUAUUACACUCAAGUUCACCGUCAUCAAGAACGGCAUGGCAAAGAUGGAUAUGAAAUCACCAAUCUUCUUGCCAGGUCCCGUUGAGCCACAGUUUGGACCUGGACGCUUCCUUACCUUUGAAGGAUUCUCGGUUGAUGAACAUGGGAAACAGCACUUUUUGGAUGCCACUGUCGCAUACCGACAAACCUGCCUGCGUGCGAUUGAGUAUCUCAGACGUUAUGGUUACUCGGACUAUCAGAUUUAUCUUCUUCUCUCAUGCGCUCCGGUACAGGGACACAUUGCGGGGAUUGUGGAUAUCCCGAAUGCCUGUACCACACUUGGCGUGCCGAUGGAUAUUUUUGACUUUGACAUCAGACCUGAGGCUGACGUUGUGAAGAAAGAUAUGGGAAGUUGUGCCUUUGCAAGUGAGUAA